CUCUCGCCCUCCACGUCAGGGCCCGGACCUUCGAGAUGGCGGCUCAGAAGAUAAAUGAGGGGCUGGAGCACCUCGCCAAAGCAGAGAAAUACCUGAAAACUGGUUUUUUAAAAUGGAAGCCAGAUUAUGACAGUGCCGCUUCUGAAUAUGGAAAAGCAGCUGUUGCUUUUAAAAACGCCAAACAGUUUGAGCAAGCGAAAGAUGCCUGCCUGAGAGAAGCUGUUGCUCAUGAGAAUAACAGGGCUCUUUUUCAUGCUGCCAAAGCUUAUGAGCAAGCUGGCAUGAUGUUGAAGGAGAUGCAGAAACUACCAGAGGCCGUUCAGCUGAUUGAGAAAGCCAGCAUGAUGUAUCUGGAAAACGGCACCCCUGACACGGCAGCCAUGGCCUUGGAACGCGCUGGAAAGCUUAUAGAAAAUGUAGAUCCAGAAAAGGCUGUACAGUUAUAUCAACAGACAGCAAAUGUGUUCGAAAAUGAGGAACGCUUACGACAGGCAGUUGAAUUACUAGGAAAAGCCUCCAGACUGCUGGUCCGAGGACGCAGGUUUGAUGAGGCAGCACUUUCUAUUCAGAAAGAAAAAAAUAUUUAUAAGGAGAUUGAGAAUUAUCCAACUUGUUAUAAGAAGACAAUCGCUCAAGUCUUAGUUCACCUGCACAGGAGUGACUACGUGGCCGCGGAGAGGUGCGUCAGAGAGAGCUACAGCAUUCCAGGGUUCAGUGGGAGUGAGGACUGCGCCGCCCUGGAGCAGCUCCUUGAAGGCUAUGACCAGCAAGACCAAGACCAAGUGUCGGAGGUCUGCAACUCGCCCCUUUUCAAGUACAUGGACAAUGAUUAUGCUAAGCUGGGCCUGAGUUUGGUGGUUCCAGGAGGGGGAAUCAAGAAGAAAUCUGCAGCACCACAGGCUAAGUCUGAAGGCGCCACUGCCCCUGCCACCGAGGAAGACGAGGACGAGUACGCUGGAGGCCUGUGCUAG